UCGGGUGCGCCUCGGUCCCGGGCGUGGGAAUGAUAAGGAAAGGAGAUUAAAAUAAAAAGGGCGGAAAAAAAUUUUUUUUUCUGAAGAGGACCUCGACACGAUCUUCGAGUUACUCUUUUUUUUCCCCGGCAGGUAUUAAAAAAAAUAAAGGCAAGGAAAAGAAGAGAGAGAGUGAGUGAGAGAGUGCGAAAAAAGGGGGGCGUCAAUGCUCGCUGCGACCAGGUUGUCGUCGGCGCGCCCCUCCUAAAUCCUCCCACCCAGCUUCUCGCUACCAGACAGCGCUGUAACCACUACCGGGUACAGCCAAGUGCUGGCCGAUCCAGCCACUGCGCCGAUUACUAUUAGUCCGGCUCCUCCCUCUUCUCCUCAUCUCUUCCCCACCUUUCGAAAAAUACUAUAUUUCCGCCCGAGCUCGCCGCCGCCAUUGCCGCCGCUGCUGCUGUUGCUGCUGCGUUGGAAAAUGUCCGAGUAUCGCCACAUGAGGUCGGGCAGCCUCAACAUCCCCUCGCAGACCAACACCAUGAGUCCGCUAGUCCCGUCGCACGGCCGCUUCGAUGGCCCGCGAAGUCCGCCUAACACCUCGCACGUGCCGUGCAAAUUCUUCCGACAGGGCGCCUGCCAGGCCGGCUCCGCGUGUCCCUUUAGCCACGAUCUCGGUGCGGCGUCGGAGACGGUGUGCAAGUACUUCGCCAAGGGCAAUUGCAAAUUCGGUCCCAAGUGCGCCAAUGUCCACGUCCUCGCCGACGGCCGACGCAUCAACUACGGCAAGAAUGGCAUCACCAUCGGCCAGCCCAUCCACCUCGGCGGCCGAGUCAACGCCUCCGCCUACAACUCUUCCAACAGCGCCCUGACCAAUUCCUUCAUGCGCGCUGACGCCAAUCCGCCCUACAGCAACGCCUACGGCUAUCCACUGUCCCCGAACGACACCUACCGGUCCGUUGACCGCCGCCCAAGUCUCGAGAACGUUCCGACGAUCGACACCACCUACUCCCACACCAGCUCCCAGUACGGCUCGCCUCGCGAGGAAGACCCGUCCCGCCUCGGCCUCGGCCUCUCUCCCGUCGCCGCCAAGGGUCUGUCCGUCCUCGACGCGCCUCUGCCCGCCUCCUUCGACUCGAAUGGCAUAUCGAACGCCGCCCGCUAUCCCGGUGGCCCCUGGCCCUCUUCCGUACCCUCGCAGUUCGGACUCGACUCACCCUCGCCGUCCUUGAACGCGGCGAAAGAAUCGAGGACCUCCGAGACCCUGAAGCUCCUCCACCACUCCGCAUUUGGCAGUAACGAACAUCUAUCCGCCACCGCUACCACCGGGUCCUCGCCCCCGACCCAGCCGAACGACGAGUACUACGGCAGACGCCAGAUGCAUUCGAGUCGCUAUGCCAAACCCAAGAUGCUCAGCAGCAGCGCGCCUCGUGCUAUCGUCGGCGGCAUCGAUCGGGACUGGGAAUCCGAAUUCCCCUUCCUGGAGGAGGAUUACCUACCCGAUAACCUGAAGGACCUGCUGACGCCCGCCGAGAAGGCUCGGCGCGGCUCGCGAGCGGCCGAAGAAGAGGCCAAUGGCCACCGGGGGAACGGCACAUCCCCCAGCAUCGUCGGCAUGAGCGGUACGGGCACGCCCAACGCCGAGGCUAACUCCAAAUUCGGCAGUCCCAUGGCGUCGAGCCCGAGUCGAUGGGGCCCGCUCUUCCAGCGUCAAUUCGAGGAGCACGAGGCGAAAAAGCAUGCUGCCGCCGCCAGCGCGGGGGCUUUCGGGCACGUGGGGAGUCCCCUACGCCAGUCCAGCCUCAGCGCCAACGUCGCCCGAUCCCACAACGCUAGUCGGUCUAGCAGCAUCGAAGGGCUCAGCGUCCUCACCCAGCAGCUGCAGCGCACGCGUGUCGACAGCAACGGGGGCGAGUCGCUCCAUCCCCAUUCCAACUCGCACACCUUGCGACCGACAAACGGACGUUCGGCUGAACGACACGUCAGUAGCGGCUCCAUCAGCUCGAGCGCUCGAUACACGACCCCGAUUGGGGAGGAAGACGGCGAGUUCGUCUUCAGCAUGGACGAGGACGGCGAGCGAGAUAGCACGAUCAGGGCCAGGAAGCGGACGUCCGGAGUGGGCACGGCUAUGAGCGUCUGGGGCUCGAGCUACGUCGGUGUCGUAACCGCGGCCGGGAAGAAAGACGACAGCACCGCCGCGAGGGUGGUCGAGGGCGUCGGUGGUCGGUGAGCAACGACGGCUCCGAGACAUGAGACAAGUCUUUUUUUUG